UUAUAGCAACCGUUGCCCUGAGCUGCAGCGCCAUAGUCACCGUAGUCCUGGCGACUGUAACCCACCAACAAUAACAACAACAACCUCCUCCUCUCCGCUCCAUCCUUACCACCACCUUCCUACCAUCCUCAUCCUCAUCCUCACACUAGUCCAGGCGCCAUGCAGACCCCAGAGGCAGGCGCUGACUCCACGUCCAACGUGCCCCUCCAGACCAGCGUGCCUGUGCAGCCUGCGGUCAGUGCCCAGCAAGUGGCGUCUCAGGUGCCAGUCCAGCAACAGGCGCAGACUGUUCAACAGGUCCAGCAUGUGUAUCAAGCACAGGUGCAGUACGUUCAGGAGGAAAACAAUGGCGUUUACACCAACGGAACCAUACGGACGUAUUCAUACUCGGAACCUCAGCUGUACAACCAGAACAGCGGCGGGAACUACUUCGAUACGCAGGGCAGCUCGGCUCAGGUGAGCACGGUGGUGAGCACUCACAGUAUGGCCAACAACGGCAACGGGAACGGCGCUCUGGCCAUGGGGCUGUCAGGAGGCCAGAUCAUCAGCAGCUCAGGAGCGUAUCUGAUUGGAGGAAACUCCAUGGAUGGCUCCGCCCCUCACAGCGCGGCUCAGACCACUAGAGCCUCCCCCGCCACGAUUGAAAUGGCGAUUGAGACGCUCCAAAAGUCUGAAGGUUUGUCCAGUCAGAGAAGUUCGCUGCUCAACAGUCAUCUACAAUGGCUCCUGGAUAAUUACGAGACGGCGGAGGGCGUGAGUCUGCCCCGCUCCACCCUUUACAAUCACUACCUGCGCCACUGUCAGGAGCAGAAGCUGGACCCUGUCAAUGCUGCGUCUUUCGGGAAGCUCAUCCGCUCCAUCUUCAUGGGGCUGCGCACCCGCCGCUUGGGCACCCGAGGGAACUCUAAGUAUCACUAUUACGGGAUUCGCGUGAAGCCGGACUCUCCUCUGAACCGGUUGCAGGAGGACAUGCAGUACAUGGCGUUAAGACAGCAGCCCGUCCAACAGAAGCAGAGAUUCAAGCCAGUACAGAAGAUGGACGGCGUCUCAGGAGAGAACUUCUCCACCGGGGGGCAGCACACGCCCAGCGCUGCAGAGCAGACGUUCAUCGCUCAGAGCCAGCAUCAUCAGCAGUUCCUCGAUGGGACCAGAGCUCUGCCAGAGUUCGUUGAACUUGACCUCGGAGAGCCUGUGGAAGGCGUCGGACCCGAGGACGUCAAAGCCCUUCAGACGCUGUACAGAGAGCACUGCGAGGCCAUUUUGGACGUAGUGGUGAACCUUCAGUUCAAUCUAAUCGAGAACCUGUGGCAGACUUUCUGGCGCUAUUCUCCAUCCAGCUCCAUAGAGGGCGUCACCAUCACUGAAAACAGUGGCAUGAGCGAGAUCGAGGGCCGCCUGCCGCGGACCAGACUGAUCCUGCUCUGCCGAAACGAGGGAGUGCUAAAGUGGAUGAACACCUGUGAUCACCUGAUGUAUCAAGCCCUCGUGGAGAUCCUCAUCCCUGAUGUUCUGAGACCCAUUCCUAGUGCCUUGACUCAAGCCAUCCGUAAUUUUGCCAAAAGCCUUGAGGGCUGGCUCACCAACGCCAUGAGCAGCAUUCCCCAGAGAAUGAUCCAGACCAAGGUUUCCGCUGUUAGUGCCUUUGCUCAGACCCUCCGCAGAUACACGUCUCUGAAUCAUCUGGCGCAGGCGGCUCGUGCGGUCCUGCAGAACACCUCCCAGAUCAACCAGAUGCUCAGCGAUCUCAACCGGGUUGACUUUGCCAAUGUGCAGGAGCAGGCCUCGUGGGUGUGCCAAUGUGAAGAGGGCGUAGUUCAACGCCUGGAGCAGGAUUUCAAGGCCACCCUCCAGCAGCAGAGCUCCUUGGAACAGUGGGCCGCUUGGCUGGACAAUGUGGUCACUCAAAUGCUCAAGCCGUACGAGGAUAAACCCACCCUCCCCAAAGCUGCACGCCAGUUCCUGCUCAAGUGGUCCUUCUACAGCUCUAUGGUCAUCAGAGAUUUGACCCUCCGCAGCGCUGCGAGUUUCGGCUCUUUCCACUUGAUCCGGCUGCUGUACGACGAGUACAUGUUCUAUCUGGUGGAGCACCGCGUCGCGCAAGCGACGGGAGAGACGCCCAUCGGCGUUAUGGGAGAGUUUCAGGACCUGAAUACCAUGUCACCUGCCAACAUCGACAAAGACGAGGUGAGCGAGAUGGACAGCGAUUUGGACGAGGAGAUGGAGGAGUCGGACGAGCCUCUGGCCAAGCGGGAGAAAGCGGAGACGGAGGUCAUCCAGGUGCUGCAGGUGGGAGCCAUGGAGGACGGCAGCAGCGCGGUGGUGGGUGUAGUUCAACCCAGCAUGCUCAGCUCUUUGCCCCCGACCGCCGGCAAUCACACCGAGCACAUCCUCAGCUCGACCGGAACCAGCACCAUCCGCCACUGCGGCAGCGUGGGAAACACGUACGCCUCGGUCUGAAACGCCGUCCGUUUCUCUCUGAUCCCCAUCUGCGCUUUCACUACCAUCCGUCUCCCAAACGUCCAUUCUUAUCCUUAGCCAGAACGGAUCUCCGUGACACAGAGACUCGGUGGGAUCAUCCACAAAGCUCUAGUAAAUCCACUUUAGGAUGUGAUGAGAUGCUGAUUGUAAAGUUUAAAGCCCUAAUGUUCCCAGGAGAAAAGAAGUGCACUUCCAUGAUAUACUUAAAGUGCUCUAUUUUUCUACUUGAUAAACUAAAAAUGAUUCUUUAGUACUUAAACUUUUAACUCCUCUAACUCAACUGUGCUAUUUUGAAACACCAUGAAUAUGAACUAAAAUGUGCUUUAAAUGAUUUUCUUAUUUAGUAUUUUUGUCUUGGUUUCUAGUAUAAAUAUCUAAACAUUCUUGAAUCAAGAUGCAUUUACUUGACAAGUAAAAUGAUUUAAGAUAUUAAGUCUUGUUUUGAAAUGAUCAACAACAAGCAAAAAUCUUUGUUCUUAAUUCAAAGGCUAAACAAGAUUAUUUUUCUCACCGCAUUGGCAGAUAUUUUUGCUUGUUUUAAGGAAAAACUAACAAAAUUUAGAUAUUCUUUUUUUUUUACAGAAAACAAGAGAUAAUAUAUUAAGUCAUUUUACUUGUACAGUAAGAAUUUAGAUAUUUAUACUAGAAAACAAGACAAAAAUACUAAGAGAAUAAUUUUUUUGCAGUGUACCAUCUCUGUAUUUAAAAAAUGUAUUUAGUUAACAUAGUUGACUUUUUAAAUACAGAGAUAGUAUGUUAAAAGCACAUUUUAGUUCAUAUUCACAGUGUCCCAAAAUUGCAGUGUUGAGUACACUAUCUUAAGAAGUACUAAAGAAUCAUUUUUAGUAUAUUAACUACAAAAUUAGUGCACAAAAAUAGAGCUCUUAAUUCUAUCACUUCUCAUAUAUUAUGGAAGUGUACUUUUGUUCAAAGAAAACCUCUUUGGAUGACCCAGAACUCAAAUCCAAGCCACUAGUUCCACCAGGAAACAUGCACAGUGAUUCUGGAACACACUGCAAAAGAUGAUGCUCUUACUCAGUGUUUUUGUCUUGUUUUCUAGUAUAGAUAUCUGCACAUUAUUGAAUCAAGAUGCAUUUACUGUAC